ACCAACACCACAAUUGCCUUCCCAAAAAAAACACCACAAUUGCCAGUGUGCCUAUAAAAACGCUCCUCAGGCACUGCAGAAUGCUUAAACCAAUCCUUUAGGUACCCAAGAAUUCCUCCCCGACAUGGCGACAGCCAUGGAUCGCCAUUGGCGUCGUCUCGCUGCUUCUAGUACUUCUCCUAGCAGCAGUAGUCGCCUUCCAGCCUCGCCGCCGCUGGGCCCCAUAGAGACAGAGUACAGCAGGCUGAUGCUCCCACCUGCCAUGGCCGCCAAGCAGAGCACGGCCAUGGCUCAUCUCAUCGGUGCCAACUACUACCACCUGGUCACGGUGGCGCCGUGCGCGAUGAAGCGGCAGGGUCUGCUGCCGGCGCUGGCAUCGAAGCAGCUGUACCGCGGCGUGCGGCAGCGGCACUGGGGCAAGUGGGUGGCGGAGAUCCGGCUCCCCAGGAACCGGACGCGGCUGUGGCUCGGCACCUACGAUACGGCCCAGGAGGCUGCGCUAGCCUACGACGGCGCCGCGUUCAGGCUCCGCGGGGACGCCGCGCGCCUCAACUUUCCCGGUCUCCGCCCGCCGCCGCCGCUGCACCCGUCUGUCCACACCAAGCUCGACGCAGCCCUGGCGUCGGCCGCGAACGAGCUGACGGCUGACGGUGCAGACGUCUCAACGACCGGCUCUUCGUCGUCGUCGUCUGGGCAGGCGGCACCGCUGUCGGAAGAGAUGCAGAUGCUGGACUUCUCGGAGGCGCCGUGGGACGAAGCCGACGGCUUCGCGCUGCGCAAGUACCCGUCGUGGGAGAUCGACUUGGACGCCAUCCUCUCAUGAUGUCGAUCUCACGCACGAAUUAUCGGUCUGCAUUUGUGGCGCAGUUUGAGUUGCAUCUCAUUUGCUUGAUCGAUCGCUGCAGGAUCUGAUUGGCUUUUUGCCUAUGGCAUUGUCCUGGAGGAAUUGAAGUUGCCUACAUAGCAUCCUGUGGUAUAUUUGUGGGUGUUGUUGUCAUGAGAAAGGGCUAUGUGAAUAUUGCCAAAUGUAACGAUGCCAUUACAAUUAUGUGACAGAUGUUGAUAUGUGAUCUGAUAAACACAGAGAACCUUCUUGAA